UUUACUUCUUGUGUCGUUGCUGCUGGGGGAGAUUAACGUCAGCUGCGUUGCCCUUGUUACCGGGCAGUGUAGCAGCUAGCGGUUAGCUACAUUAGCCGCGGAGAACAAUGUCUGUCGUAACGCUUGAAAAACAAAAACCUCCUCUUCUUCUUCCUUUUGUGGGGGUGGACUCUUGAGCGUUUGCGGCUUUAUAAAGCAGAUACGUUUCGUUUCUAACCCUAACACCCAAAUUAGGUCUAGUAGUGAAACUAAAUAAGGGGUGUCGUUUCGUCUGUAGUGUGCUAACGAGGGUUCAGAGUACAGGGACAUUGUGGACUGCCCACCUUUACAUCUCUCCCGUGGACAAAUCUUUGCAUAAACCGUCUGCAUCAGGCCGACUUUGCCAUGUGCAAAGACACACAAGUGGAAUGACACUCUGCACAUCAUGAAAAUUGGGCUUUGGCAGCCAUCUGCUAAUUGAUUGUAAAGCGUUGUGACCUGUGAAUGUCAGUAUGGACCCAAUGGAUAAUAACAGCACUACAGAUGAUAUUUCAGAGGAACAGCAGGACCAGGCAGAAGGGGCAGAGUCGACUGUUAGGCCCUCCCUGUCUCAGGUGAAAAAGUCCUGGGGCUUCAGACGGACAACAAUCGCUAAAAGGGAGUUUUUGGAUGAAGUUGGAGACCUAACUCACAGUCCUCCAAUUGUACGCAGAGGCAGAAGUCGUCGAACCAACCAGACACCCCAGGCCACUCAAGAAACCCACACCACCCAGAAAGCUACUCGUCCAACUAAGAGUGUUAUAGAUGAGCUUGAGUGGUCUGCCCCAUCCUCACCUGCAUCAGAGGAGAGCAAGCCAGCCUCAGAAGCUUCUGCGGGAGGGAGCCUUGACCCCAGCUUAUGGCAAGAUUUUGGGUCUGCCUUCCACACUGCCUUCUCACUACUCGGCGGCAAUGAGGGCCUGUCAAUGGAAAUGUCAGAUACACUGGCAGUCCCGGACAUUUUGGAAGCCACCGAUGCCAUCAAGUCCCCUCCUCCGCAGGCUAUAGAUGAAACUGAGGUCCUUGAUAAUUUGGAAUCUGCUGAUGACAUGGAGACUGUUGCUCCGGACAAUGUGGCAGGAGGGGAAAUCGAUGAUGUGGUGUUGAUCUCUAGUCAUGAAGAGGACAGUGAUGAAAUGACUCUGAUACACAUUAAGGAGCAUCUGGUAUCUAAAGGCAGGCAGGGAGACACAAGAGGUAGAGGGGGAAAAGGGGGAAGAGGAAAGGCCAGAGGAAGGGGGAGAGGCAGAGGAAGAGGUCGGGGAAAAGGUAGAGGAAGGGGCAGAGGGAGGGGCAGGGCCGUGGAACUUCAGUCAAUCAUUGCAGACGAUGAGGUAAUGCUUGAUAAUCCAGCUGAACAGCAGCUGCAGCAGUUGCGAGACGAGGAAAAAGUAAACAGUCCACACAGCCCUGCUGAAAUAGAAAUAUCGCCUGCUCACUCUGAUAUCAGUCUGAGUCCUGCUCAGCGAUCAAGUUCAGACUGCAUAAUCAUAGACUCUGAUUUAGACCAGAUUACUGAUGCAACUCCUGGCCAGUAUGAUGAUGCACCAGAGGAGGAGGAGGUGGAGGAGAAGAAAGACGAAGUCAUGAAUGUAAGCGAGUAUUCAGGCAUAUCAGGCUCUGAGGGUUAUGACUCCAAUGCUCUAUACUGCAUCUGUCGACAGAAACACAAUAAAAGGUUCAUGAUCUGCUGUGACAGUUGCCAGGAGUGGUUCCAUGGCAACUGUGUUGGUAUCAGCAAGACAGAGGGCCAUGAGAUGGAGAGGAGAGGGCAAGAGUAUAUCUGCCCCACUUGCACUACAAAGAAGCAGAGCCAACUCCAACCUGAGCCUCACUCUCAGCCAGAGCCUGAGCUUAGCUUUCCCGAAUGCUUGACACUAAGUUCUUCUGGUGAAGAAGGGGAGGGGCACGAGAAGCAGCAAGCCCACAAGGAGACUGCUGCUGCUGCUGUGGUGGUGGAGGAGGAAGAGGAGGAAGAGGAGGAGACGGCUCCUGUGAUGAAGCCAGAGCCUGAACCUGAAGCUGAGAUGGAGACGGACAGCUCUCUUCCUCUGUGCAUUGGGCCCGGAUGCUCCAAACAAGCCCUACCGGACUCUGUUUACUGUGGCACUGACUGCAUCCUUCAGCACGCUGCCGUCACUAUGAAGACUCUUUCUGGCCCCAAGGUGCCCAAGGCCAGAGGCCGAGCACAGAGAAAAGCUGCUACUGCCAGACCAACUGCAAAGGGUCUGAGGUCGGGUAGGAUGUCUAAGAGAUUAGCAGGAAAAGCUGAGGAGGAAGGUGAAGAGGAGGAGAUCGAGGAGGAUGAUGGAGGGCAGAAGGAGGCUGCAUCUCCCUUAGCCUGCGACCCCAGUCUCAAAGAAGUUCAGGCCACUUCCAUACCAUCAUCUAAGUUUUACACAGCGUCUGAAAAGGACAGUAAACAGGUAGAGGCUGACAUUGAGGCUGCAGCUCCUUCAAAACAAUCUCCAGAAGACACCUCUACAGAUGCUGCUCCCUCUUCCCAGCCUGCCACUAAGCCAGCCCCGCCACAGAGCCACUCUCAACAAAAAGCAAAGGAGCCAAUCAACAGUGGUGUGUCUAAGCAGCAAUCUACAGAAUCAGAUCCCUCUAUACCACCCAACCUAGCAAAAUCUAGUCUGUCUCCAGCUGCACAAUCCCCAUCCACCUCAGCUCCCAGACAUCAUGAAACAGGGGCCCUCAUGGUCACUAAGACCACAUAUGUCAUACCAAAGAAGCAGUCUGCAUCCCUACCUCCGUCCAGCCACAUGUCAGCUUCAGCAUCAUGCCAGAAGCCUUCUUCAGCCCCCAUGCUGCUAAAUGAAACCAGAAACCUGUUGGUGCCACCAGCACCCAGUGCUCCCUCCUCUAGACCAUCUCAGCCCAAUAACCAGGUCAGACAGAGCAUCCAGCGCUCCCUCACCAGCAUCCUGUUCAAAAGGGUGUGUGAUUGUGAGGACUUGGAGAUGUCUGAGAGUGAAGUUGCAAAGCUUGUCGCGAGCAUUGAGAUGGAGAUGUUCGACAUAUUUCGCAACACAGACAGCAAAUACAUGAACAAGUACAGAACUAUAAUGUUCAACCUGAAAGACCCAAGAAACAAGGGCUUGUUGUAUCGGGUUGUACGUGGAGAGAUCAGUUCGUUCAGACUGGCUAGGAUGAGCCAGAAGGACAUGCAAGCUACCAAGGCAUCAGAGCCAAAUGCAAAAGAAACAACAGAGGUUAAGGAUACAACUGCUCAAGUGACAAGUUUGCUGCCGAAGCCUGAAGCAGUGAAGGUUGAUUUGCCCAGUUUGAAUCCCGCUAGACCGGAUAGAAGCACGGAACAGAAGAAAAGUCUUCCUGCUCCUGCUCUCAAGACCAGAACAAGCCAACCAAGCAUUGCUGUACCAGAUAUCCUCGCCUGUAUGCUUAAGGACACAACAUCAGAGCACAAAGCUCACCUCUUUGACCUGAAAUGCAAGAUAUGCACAGGCCAAAUACUAGCUGGAGACGAGGAGGAGCCCACAAAGAAAAAACCCAAGGUUUCUGAAGCAAGAGAUAAAUAUGAACCCUCUUGGAGAAGGCCUGCAGGAGAUGACUCUCCUCUGCGGGCACCACCUGACUCACCUGACAUGGAUUCACCAACAUCCUUCCUAAUGGAUCCUUCAUCCCGCCUUACCAUUGACUCUCCAGUAUUGACUAUAGUGGAAUCCCCUGCUUCCCCCAUAAUGGAUUCUCCAGCCUCACCUACUUUAGAGUCUCCAGCUUCUCCUGUCAUUGAGUCCCCUGCGUCCCCAACUCCAGACAUUCCUAAUGCUACUACCACAAAGAGAGCGUAUACACCAGUUGUGAUUCCAGCUGUCUCCACAGUAACCAUCUCAAGGCGUGAUCCCCGCACUGCUGCAAGCAGGUUCUCUGCUUCGUCUAGUGGCACCUCUGGUCCAAGUAACACAACCCAUAACCAAUCCGCCCAGUACGCUCCUCUUAAAGAAACUAAAUCGGCCUCACCAUCCGCAUUAGCCUCCUCACUACCACCAACAAAAACAUUACCUAAAUCUAUCUUAAUGAAACCAUCUUCUAUGGCUGAUCCCAGACUCUAUGGCACAUCUUUAAGGACCGUGAUCUCUGAAUCCCCGGCUGAAAGUGGGACUGCUCAGUUCUUGGCUAAGGAAGACAUAGUGUGGAAAGGAUUCCUUAAUAUGCUCAAUGUAGCAAAGUUUGUCACCAAAGGAUAUCUGGUUUCAGGAUCUGCUGAAAAUCUCAAAGCGGAUCUACCUGAUACCAUACAAAUUGGAGGACGAAUCAUGCCUCAGACAGUGUGGGACUAUGUUGCACAACUAAAGACCUCUCUUACAAAGGAGUUAUGUGUGAUCCGGUUUCACCCAGCAACGGAGGAGGAAGAGGUGGCCUAUGUCUCCCUAUUUUCCUAUUUCAGCAGCAGAGGUCGUUUUGGUGUGGUCGCCAAUAGCAGCCGUUCUAUCAAGGAUUUAUACCUUGUCCCACUCAGUGCAAAGGAAUCAAUCCCAUCCAUACUACAACCACUUGAAGGACCAGGGCUUGAAAAAAAACGGCCUAAUCUUCUUCUGGGUCUGGCUAUCAUUCAGAAGGCAAAACGUCCAGGAAGUUUGCCUCAGGAUAUUGAAGAGAAGAGACCCAAAGUUCAUAUGUCCAAAGACCCAAUGUGGAUCCCAAAACCUCCAGUCCUGUAUGGUUCUGACAAAUUAGAGAUAUUUCAACCAUAUGACCCAGAGACUCCUGCUAACACCACGCCUCCUGAUUCACCAACUUGUCCUGGGUCACCAUCAGAGUCUUCCUCUUCUGGCUCAGUCACCAUACCAUCUCUUUUGACUUCAGUUAAAGCAAAUCCUCCAGUUUCUACCUCAGCCGCUGUUGCUACCACUCAGUCCACCUCUGAUAACGUUUCUGACAAGAAUCCCACACCAGCAUCCAGUGUUAAGACACCGCUGCAGACUAUCUUGAAGAGUUUGUUUGGCAAGAAGCAAACUGACUCCAUCUCCUCUGAUGGAAGUUCUGCAACAACAGUUACCAGGAGUGUUAGGAAGCGUCCUGUGUUUUCUCAGGUGUCUGGAUCAAUGGUGGACCCAAUUGUCCAACAGUAUGGACAGAAAUCCAAAGUCAAAAAAAUAGAAGAGGAGGAAAACGACUUUGACCGACCAUACGACCCAGAAGAGGAAUAUGAUCCAGCAAUGGGAUAUGGAAUGGUGGCUCCGCACAGCAUAGAAAAAAUUAAGCCGGUUGGCCCUGCAGAAUCAGAGUUUGUAGACGAUGACGUGGCCUAUGAUCCAGAGGACGAGACUAUCUUUGCAGAUAUUCAAGGUGAUAUUGUAACAAAGCCCCCUGUUCCAUCUCAAUUGUCAGAUUCUCUGUCAUCCCCAACCCCAGUUUCCACCCAGGCAGUUACACCAGCUCCCACUCCCACUCUAUCACAAACUUCUUCCACAGCUGAAGUAACUCAGAACCUUCCUAUAGGCACUGUGGUUGUCUCAGCUGCAACACUAACUGAACAACAGCGGAUGCUUGAGGAGCUCAAUAAGCAAAUUGAAGAGCAAAAACGGCAGUUGAAGGAGCAGGAAGAGGCACUACGCCAACAGAGAGAGGCUGUGGGUAUGUUCAUGGCUCACUUUUCUGUUUCUGAUUCUCUGAUGUCUCCCCCACCAAAAUCUUUGCCUGCCAGUCAACUGUCAUCUGUGCAGAGUGGCAUAAUGCAAACAGAGUCAACAGACAAGACCGACCUUACAGAGACUGUGGACAGUUCAAAUGUGGAUUCACAAACUGUUACGCUAGAAGACACAACUGCCAUCCCUAAUUUAAAAAAUGAUGGAGAAACUGUUACAGAACAAGAAGAAACGCAGGAAAAUGUUAAGGAAAGUGACAAAUAUUCCUCUGCAGGAGAGAUUGAAGAUUCUGAUGUAGCUUAUGAUCCUGAGGAUGAAUCACUUUUUAAUGAAAUUCAAGAGGAUGUAUUUCAAGGAAGCAGUGUAAAGACUUGUGAUUCAUUUUUGUCUAGAACAGGGCAUAGUGCCAGCCGCAUGGGCACUCCUCUGAAUUCACACCACAGCAGAAAGCGAAGACUGUCACCAAAGAGGCGGGCUCAUCGUGAAAGGGACCGUCAUAGAAGUCCUUCAAGAAAGUCACAGCACCGUUCUCCUUCACAUUCCCAGAGACGUAGAGAAAGGGAUAGACACAGAAGAAGUGAAAGGGAAAGGUCCAGGCAUAGAGCUAGAGACCAUUCUGAACGUCAGGGUCGCCAUCGUAAGGAGCAUACUGCGCGCCGGCAUUCUCGUGGCCAUAGAAGAUCCCCAUCAUCUCCUACAAGAAAAGAUUCUAUGUCCCUUUCACCAAAACAGCACAGAGAUUCUUCCCCUCAAGUCCAUGAGAACUCAUCUACCUUGGUUGCCAUUAAAAAUGACCCUGAUCAAUUAGAAUUUAAUCUUGAUGAAAAGGUUGAGAACUCUGAUAAAGACUUUUCACUCUGUGCACAUGAACUUCUUCACAAUGUGAAGGUUGAGAUGUCAGAACCACCAAAAUCUGAAGAGCUUCAAAAUUCAAUCAGCGACCAUGAUGACACACAUAAAGAUUCUUCUACCCAAGUGGAUAAACCCUCUCCACAGGAAACUCUGCUUAAUAGCAAAAUUGAUAGUGCAAUUCCUCUAAGAGAAAUUGAUCCACCCAUUCGAGAUUCUCCUCAGAGCCCUGAUCCAGAGCCACAGUUUAUGAAACCGAGCAACAUAGAAAAUAGUGACUAUCUUAAGAUUGAGGAAAACACAGAUCCUGUGACCAGUGUCUCAAUGCCACUUGUUAAAAUUGAAAGUAAUUGCCUGCCUAUUGAUGUUCAAUCAACAAUGUCCAAUAUAUUGUGGCCUACUGUUGGAACUCCCACAUCAAAUGUUAGAAAUGCAGACUUUAGAACCUGUGAUCUACAGGGUCCAGGUGUCAGUGAUCAAAGUAUGAUAGAGGCAGACAAAAGGAUAGAAGGGGAAUAUCCAUGCUUAAAGCACCCAGAAAUACUGGGUUAUGGGGUAGGACAUUCAAAUCCACCUAUAGGCUCAGAUAUUGAGGGCUCAGGACCUAAAAUAGACCCUGUGACAAAGCAUUCAAGACCUCGUAUGAGUGGUCCAGGUAACAGAAAUGCAGGACCAGAUAUGAAAAAACCUGGACACAGGGAACCACAGACACAUCUAAGAGAAACAGGAAUUAGAUUCUCAGGGGCUGAUGUGAGAGGUCCAGGCAUGCAAGACAUAAACCCCAGCAACUGGGUUCCUGGACCACACAUACAAGACCUCGCAAUAAGCCAUCAAGGGAAAUAUGUGGGGACCCCAGGGACAGGGAUGCAGGUUUUAGAGCCAAAUAUGAGAGAAGUGGGUGUUAAACAUCACUAUACUGAUAGAAUUGGUUCUAUGCAAGAUAUGGAAACCUCUUGUAUGCAAAGCGCAAACCCAGUACCAACUGUUACCAAUACACGUAUGGGAGGAUCAGGCCUACAGAAUGAGAAGAGAGAUCCAGUCAUGAAGGGCCCUUCGUCAGAUAGCCAAAAAGAUAGAGGUGUUAGUCCACACACUGGGGAUAUGAGAUCUGCUAGGAGAGGUGGAGGUAUAAUAGAUCCCAGAAGUCCUGAUAUAAGAAAUGCAAGUCCAUCUUAUAGGGGCUCAGGAAGAGUUCAGAGGCAGUCAUGGCAUGAUGGCAGUCCAGUUUUAGAGGAAAGGGGCCUUCUGAAAAAGGGGUUUCAGCCACAAGGAAGAGAUGCCGAAAUGAGCAGGUUGGGUGGUGGUCGAGAAAAGAGUUUAGAUUCAAAUGCAGGUUCAAAGGGUACAGUUCUAAGAGCAGAUAGAAUAUGCCCAGCAAUGACAGAUGAAAGGCGGGGACCACAAAGAGGGCGAGGUGUACCCAUGAGAGGACCAGGGCCAAACAUAAAUUCUGAAAGUGGGUCUACCAGGUCCUGCACUGGACGAGACAGUUGUGGGCCUAGAGAACAUUUCAAGGAACCACGGCCAGAUAUAAGAGCUGAAAGGAGUGUGUGCCCUGACAUGAGAGAAUCAGAAACUAUGCAUGAAAUAAGAAAGCCAGAUAUGACAGAAAGAAGUUAUAUGGGGCCUUGUCAAGAUAUGAGUAGUAUGGGUACCUCAGAUACAAGGGGGGAUAGAAGUGAGUCACAUACCAGGAGUUCAGGCAGAGAAAUUGGAGGAACAGGUUCAAAUAGGAGAGAUGCAGAUGUGCAAGGAAGAAAUAUACAGGGUCUAUGGCAAGAGAGGAGAAAUGAACAAGUGGGCCAAGAAGACAGAGGUCCCAUGCCAAACAUUACAAAUUCAGAUUGGAGAGGUCCAGGACCAGGUCUUAUUGGUCCUGAUAUGAGGGAUCAGAGGAGUCAAAAUAAAGGUAGGGGUCUGCAUAUGAGUGAUACAGAUUGGAGCGGCCCAGGAUCAGAUGUGAGAGAUGACUGGCAAGGGCCAGAUGAAUGCAGAGUCCAUCAGCCUGACAGGAGAGGUCCAAACAUGGAGGACACGAGGCAUGACAGGAGAGGACCAGAGGGUCCGGAUUUCAUGGCACCGGGACCGUUAAAGAGAGGACCUGGUAUGGAGGUGCCACAGCAUGACAGGAGAGGUUUAGGAGGUCCAGAUUUCAUGGGACCAGGACCUGAAAGGAGAGGUCCAAAUAAUGACAAUCUAGGACCUGGCAUGAGAGGAACAGGAGGACCAGACUUUGUUGGACCAGGCCAUGAAAGGAGAGGUCUACCUAUGGAAGUAUCUGGGCCUAACAGGAGAGGACCAGUAGGUCCAGAUUUCAGGAGACCAUGGCCUGAAAGGAGGGGUCAUAAUAUGGUUGGUCCAGGGCCUGACAGGAGAGGACCUGAUAUGGAGAGCCCAAUGCAUGACAGGGGAGGACCAGGAGGUCCAGAUUUAAUGGGACCAGGACCUGAAAGGAGAGGUUCUGAUAUGGAGGUCCUAAUGCAUGACAGUAGAGGACCAGGAGGCCCAGAUUUCAUGGGACCUGGACCUGAAAGGAGAGGUCACACUAUGAACAUUCAAGAGCCUGACAAGAGAGGACCAGGAGGUCUAGACUUCAGGAGACCAGAGCCUGAAUGGACAGGUCCAACUAAUGACAAUCUAGGACCUGGCAUGAGAGGAACAGGGGGUCCGGACUUUGUGGGACCAGGCCAUGAAAGAAGAGGUCUACAUAUGGAGGGUCCUGGGCCUAACAGGAGAGGACCAGUGGGUCCAGAUUUCCGUCAACCAGGGCCCGAAAGGAGAGGUUUAUCUAUGGAGGGUCCUGGGCUUGCUAGAAGAGAACCUGGAGGUCUGGAUUUCAAAGGACCAGGACCUGAUAGGAGAGGUCCUGCUAUAGAGGGUCCUGGGACUGACAUUAGAGGACCGGGUGGUCCAGGAUUUAGAGGACCAGGAUCUGAUAGGAGAGGUCCUGCUAUAGAGGGUCCUGGGCUUACUAGAAGAGAACCUGGAGGUUUGGAUUUCAGAGGACCAGGACCUGAUAGGAGAGGUCCUGCUAUAGAGGGUCCUGGGACUGAUGUUAGAGGAGCGGGAGGUCCAGAUUUCAGGGGACCAGGGCCUGAAAGCACAGGCUUAACUAUGGAACGUCCUGGGCAUGACAAUAGAGGACCUGGAGGUCCAGAUUUCAGAGGACCAGGACCUGAAAGAAGAGGUCCCAUUAUUGAGGGACCUGGAGGUCCAGAUUUCAGAGGACCAGGACCUGAAAGAAGAGGUCCCAUUAUGGAGGGUCCUGGGACUGACAUGAGAGGACCUGGAGGUCCAGAUUUCAGAGGACCAGGACCUGAAAUAAGAGGUCCCAUUAUGGAGGGUCCUGGGACUGACAUGAGAGGACCUGGAGGUCCAGAUUUCAGAGGACCAGGACCUGAAAUAAGAGGUCCCAUUAUGGAGGGUCCUGGGACUGACAUGAGAGGACCUGGAGGUCCAGAUUUCAGAGGACCAGGACCUGAAAGAAGAGGUCCCAUUAUGGAGGGUCCUGGGACAGACAUGAGAGCACCAGGAGGUCCAGAUUUCAGAGGACCAGGACCUGAAAUAAGAGGUCCCAUUAUGGAGGGUCCUGGGACUGACAUGAGAGGACCUGGAGGUCCAGAUUUCAGAGGACCAGGACCUGAAAGAAGAGGUCCCAUUAUGGAGGGUCCUGGGACGGACAUGAGAGCACCAGGAGGUCCAGAUUUCAUGGGACCGGGGCCUGAAAGCAGAGGAUUUUCAAUGGAGGGUCCUGGGCCUGACAGGAGAGGACCAGGAGGUCCAGAUUUCAGAGGACCAGGCUAUGGAAGGAGAGGUCACAUUAUGGACAUUCAAGAGCCUGACAGGAGAGGACCAGGAGGUCUAGAAUUCCAGGGACAAGGGCCUGACAGGAGAGGUCUGAUCAUGGAUGGACCAGGGCCUGACAGGAGAGGACAAGUUGGUCCAGACAUAAGAGGGCCGGAGUGUGAAAGGAGAGGUCCUCCUAUGCAGGGUCAAGGGCCUGACAGGAGAGGACCAGUUGGUCCAGACAUAAGAGGGCCGGAGUGUGAAAGGAGAGGUCCUCCUAUGCAGGGUCAAGGGCCUGACAGGAGAGGGCCAGGACAUCAAAACAUAGGUGGACUAGGUCCUGACAGGGAAGGGCCAUAUAUGAGGGGUCCUGGGCCUGACUUCAUAGGACUGGGGCCUGAACAAACUGGUCCAGGUAUGGAAGGUCCUGAAUCUCACACUAGAGGACAGGGAGGACCACACUUCAGGGGCUCCAGGCCAGAAAGUAGAAAUUCAAAUAUUGAUGGCCCAGGGCCUGACAGGAGAGGUCCAGACAUCAGGGGACCAAGGCCAGAAAGACCAGAUUCUGGUAUGGAGGGUCCAGGGCCCAACAGGAGAGGGUCAGGAGGUCCAAACAUGAGGAGAUCAGGGCUUCAGCAUUCAGGUCCAAAUAUAGAGGGUCCAGUACCUGGGGGGAGAGGUCCAGAAGGUCCGAAUUUCAGAGGACCUGGGCCAGAAAUCAGACCUGAUAUGGAGGGAACAAGCAACAGCAGGGGCUUUCUGGGAGGCCCUCAGUUUAGGGGUUCUGAGGCAGAAAGAAGACCUCCCGUUAUGGAGGGACCAGGGCCUGAUAGGAAAGGUCCAAGAGGUCCAGAUUUUAGAGGACCAGGCCCAGGGCCUGACAGACAACUACCAGGAGGCCCAGGCUUUAGAGACCGUGGUCCUGAAAGCAGGGGUCCAGAUAUGGAGGGCCAAGAAACUGAUUGGAGUAAAUCAGUUGGCCCAGACUUUAGAGGCCCAUGCACCAGACAAAAACGUCCAAAUACAGAAGGUCUAAGACAUAGAAGAGAUGACUGGGGAGGUGCUCACUUCCGAGGAUCAAAACCUAUCCAAGAAAGCCCAGGACAUUUGAGAGGUACAGGAGAUGAUUGGAGUGGUUCUGAUUUCAUGGGUCCAGGGCCUGUUCAGGAUGACUCAGAUAUGGCAUGCCCAGUGCCUGGUAGGGGGGGACCUGGAAAUGACUGGAGAGAGUCUGAUAGAAAGGGUGCUGGGCCAAACAGACGGGGGCCAGCUCCGUUUUUUAGAAGGGAAAGAGAUCAAGACAAAAGAGGACAAGGCCAUGACAAAAGAAGUCCAGGUAUGAGAGGACCAGGACCAGAUAUGGGGAAUGAUUGGAGGCAGCCAAACUUCAGGGGUAAUAUGGGAGGGCCAAACAUGGAAGGGCCUAGGGCUCAUUGGGGAGGUCCAGACAUGAAUUCAUGCCCUAACAGAAGAGGGUUUGAGAUGGAAGGUCUUGAUAGAAGAGGAGGUCCAGAUCAUAGACGCCCAGGACCUGAAAAUAGACAUCCAAACAUGGAAGGUCCAGGGACUGAUGGGAGGUUUUCAGAUUGUGGGGAGCUAGGAUCUGAAAAGCAAGGUGUGGACAUGGAAAACCCAGAAACAGAUAGACAUGGAUUUGAGCAUGAUUUUGGGAGGGAAAGGAGAGGUCCAGACAUGAGAAGGUUAGGGCUGGAUAAAACGCAUAUGAUGGGCUCAGCCCCUGAGAGCUCAGAUAUAAGACAUGGGCCAGGGGGGUGGGAUACAAACACUGAGGGCCUAGGGUUAGACUCAAGGGGAUCAGAGCCAGCAUCACAUAACUUCAAUAGUCCUCAUCAGGUUGCCAGAUUCCAAGGCCCUUGUGAUCCACAUUCUGCACCGAACAGUGGGCCCCUAGGUCCAGCUCAAAGCAGUGGAGGAAACUCAUGUCCUGGUUUUAACAAACUCCAAAAUCAACAAGCAGUAAAACCUCAGAGACACAGAGCUGCCUUACUUCCCACUCCAACAGAAGGUCUUAUACGCUUUCCAAAUCGUGUGAUCAACAAUCCUGAUGUCUUCAGUCCAAAACGAAAACAAAAAGGUCACCCAACAGAUAGGGAGUGGAGUAGAGGUAGAUCAUUUAGUCGAGAAAAAGAAUUGGUCAAAGAGCAAAGACCGGAGCAGGAGAAAAGUCUAAGCAUAUCUUUAGAUGCAGGUACAAGGGGUGCAGAAGAAAAAAAGGAAGAGGCCAAGGAAACUAAAAACAAUCAAAGUAUGGACAGUGAUGUCAAGCCAAGUUAGACUCAUUCAUAAACCCUACUCAGUUAGGCUGAUGAACUACUAAAAUGCUUAAUAUUGUCUCAUUGGAUUAAGAUAUUACAGCAUAAUGCACAUUAACACACACUGGGAAGUGACUGUUUAUGUUUUAUUUAAAUUUCAACACGACCUACAGGCAAGGCAUUAUGAAAGAUCAGACAUGGCUUGAUAUGCUCAGAGGUAUUUGAGUUCAUUAUGUUUUAGUUUGUCUUAAUGUAUUCAAAGUAGAUGUGUUUAUUUUUGUUAUUUGAUUAUGACAACAUGCCUCUUAACUGAUCACUGGUAAAUUCAGCUACUUGAUGUGUAUUUGUAGUCUGAAAUAAGUCUAGUAGACAUGUUUUGUACUGAAAAUGUACAUUUCUUUUUGUUUCAUUGUUUUUUAACAUAGCCAUAGUGUCAGUACGGUAGCCUUUGUCUGGCUUUUAUGUUCUUAUGCUGAUUAAAAAAUGGCUUGUUUCAUUGUUCUUUUAGAAUGCAAGAAGUCAAUAAAAUGACAUACCUUUUUUAA